CACUCUCACACUCUCCCACAUAUAUAUACAGCCGCAACAACACAAACACAACAACACAAACCACAAUCACCACCUGAACUGAACAUUCUUUCACUAAUCAAAUCAACAACAACAACAUUCUCAUUCCAUCCAUUUGUUGCUACCUUUGACUGUGACAACAUUCAUUCAACAAACUACAACAUAAACAACAAAAAUGGUGAAGCAGAGCAUGGUUAAGGUUGAGGAGAAACAUGAUUCUUCUUCCAUUUACAGAGGUGUUAGAAAGAGGAAGUGGGGUAAAUAUGUCUCUGAAAUCAGAUUACCCAACAGCCGCCAGAGAAUCUGGCUCGGGUCUUACGAUUCUGCUGAGAAGGCGGCGCGUGCAUUCGACGCUGCCAUGUUCUGUUUACGCGGCCGCAGCGGGAGGUUCAAUUUCCCGGACAACCCGCCAGACAUCGCCGGCGGGAGGUCUAUGACGCCGCCUCAGAUUCAAGCCGCCGCCGCCCAUUUCGCCAACACGGAGUCGGGCCAAGACAGCCGUGACACUCACCCGGGUCGACCCGAACCAGCUGAAUCGGGUGUGGUUUCUUCUUCUUCGGAGGGAACGGCGUUGGUGGGUAUGGAGGAGUCUCCGUCGCCUUGUGUUUCUGAGGUGACGGUUCAAACGGACAGUGACGGCGGCGUGAACAACGGGUUGCUGCCGGAUUUGUUUGCGCCGAUCGGGUCGGGUGAUUUUGGAUCGGGUUAUGGGCUUUUUCCUGGGUUUGAUGAAUUUAGCGGCGAUUUUUAUGUGCCGGAAUUGGAGAGCCUUAACUAUUGUGAAGAAGAAAACACGGAUGGGUACAUAAUCGAGGACUCUUUUUUGUGGAAUUUCUGAUGAUGAUGAGUAUAGGAACAGGGUCGGGUUAAGUAGUGGAGCUCCGAUUAACUGGUAAAGCGGGUCACAGUUGCGGAUUUUUUUUUUUAUUUGUUUAUCAUUGUCAGAACUGUGAGAAUGAUGUUGGUUUGGUAAUUUUUUGAAACCAAACUGCUGUUUAUAUGCCGAUUGUGAUCAAUGCAAUGAUAGUUGUAAAGUUCUCAAUUCAUAUUAUCAUAAUUUUUUGAUUCAUUCUACAAGUAAUAUAAUACCAGGGUGGCCUUCUCAAA